UUGGUGAGUUAGAGAAGACGGUAGUGGGUCUCAUACAUUAAUAUAAUCCUGGAAGAUGAUGGCUUCCUUUUGAACAGAAGAGAGAGGUUUCACACAAGUUUCGGCUUCGAUUCUCUUACUUAGCUUCACUUCCUUACAAUAGAAAGUCCAACCUCGCGCGAUCUUCUUCUUCUUCUGGAGAAAAAGGAAGAAAACUAAUAAGCUUUAGCUAAAAGAUCCAUGGAUUCGCAAGCAGCAGCUACACGUUGGCUUUCGGAGACAACAGGAAUGCUGGAUCCAUGCUAUCACCAAUGGGAACUGAGCUCCCUGGACCAUCUCUUAUGGGAUGAUCUGCACCAAACACUCUCAUCUGAGAGCUAUUCCUUGAAACCUCCUGCUACAAGCAUUACGUCCAACGCUCAUAGCUGUGGUUCCUCCAUAGACUCCUGCAGCCCCAUGUCGGCCGUCGAAAGGCCGAAGAAGGUACCUAAAACGUCAUCGAUGAGCAUACUCUCAUUCGGCAACCCAGACGUGGGCAUCAAUAAGCCCACACUGUACAAUAACCUGGUCAUUGGAACUGUGAACACUGAGAAUAGCUUGAAGAGAAACUAUGAAGCCAUGCCGGUUAUUUCUCAGGGGGGCAAGAAGGUAGCUGGAGUCAUGGUACCGAGGCCUUCUUCGCAUAACCAAGAUCAUAUUUUGGCAGAGAGGAAAAGGAGGGAGAAGUUGAGCCAGAGGUUCAUAGCUCUUUCAGCCAUUGUUCCUGGCCUCAAGAAGAUGGACAAAGCAUCAGUGCUAGGCGAUGCGAUCAAAUACCUAAAGACACUGCAAGACAAAGUGAAAACUCUAGAGGAACAAACAGCCAAGAGAACAGUGGAGACUGCUGUUCUCGUGAAGAAGUCUCAUAUCGCGGCCGAAGAAGAGAACGAGGCUUCUUCCUCAGAUGAGAACUUCGGCGGAGACCAAUCUCAGCUACCUGAGAUUGAAGUUAAGCUCUCAGACAAGACAUUGCUCAUCAAAAUCCACUGCCAGAAUAGAAAGGGAGCGUUGGUUUGUGCUCUUUCAGAGAUCGAAAAGCUUCAGCUCACAGUGCUGAGCACUAGUUCUGUGCCUUUUGCAGCUUCGUCUCUUGAUAUCACGGUGACGGCUCAGAUUGAGGAAGGGUUUUCCAUGACAGUGAAGGAUCUGGUGAGGAAGCUAGGUUCAGCUUCAGGGCAGUUCACUUAA